GCAAGGUGCACUCGUUGAUAUUUGGUCCAAAUUCUGAUGUUAAAUUAACAUCCGAAUUGAAUGUCUAUUCAAUGUUAACAUGUAAGUCUGAAGAUCAUAUUCCUAAUAGGCUUCAUCAAUCUUAG